GCGCCACAAGUGUUGCCUGCCUAUGAGCUCAAAGUAGAGGCGAGCAAAACACAGACGAGGUUCCAAACCAUCAACAACUAUCAACCCAGAAUGGUCGUGCAAUCUGAUCCUGCAAUGCAGCGUCGCUUCAGCAGCGUGAUCAAUCUGCCUCCACUGCCCCAAAUGCCCAAGACGGUGGCCGAGUAUAUGAAGAGCAGACCCAACGCGCUCACAGCGCAGAUUCAGAUGCGUUAUCUGUCGCAGUCGAAGGCGCCUGUGGGUCAGUUGAAUGCUGAGCAAGUGCGUUAUCCUUCAGAGCAAGCAAUGCAAGUGCGUUAUCCUUCAGAGCGAGCAAUGCAAGUGCGAUAUCCUUCGGAGCGAGGAAUGCAAGUGCGUUAUUUGUCGCAGUCCAAGCAGCCGUUGGGCCAGUUGAGUGCAGAGCAAAUGCGUUAUCCUUCGCAGGGACCCCAAAUGCGUUACUUGUCGCAGUCCAGACCGCCUGUGGGUCAGUCGAGUGCAGAUGCUGCAAUGCAAAUGCGUUAUCCUUCGGUGGGUGGCAUGCAAAUGCGUUAUCCUUCGGUGCGGCGUGAGGCGCUGCAGACGCUGCUGGUGGAGGACGAUGAGGUGGACUUUGAGGAAAUUGGCGUGGCGGAUACCUACUCCUCCUACUGGCCCAGCAAGCUCAAGGGCGGCUCCAAGCAUCCCGACGCGGUGGUGGAGACAGCUACGCUCAGCUCUGUGGAGCUGCCCGACAUAACCUACGAGCUGAUGCUGCCCGAGAAAUUGCAGAGCUCGGAUCGGCUGAGUGCGCUGCAGCUGGAGGCGGUCACCUAUGCCUGCCAAGCGCAUGAGCAGCUGCUGCCCAGUGGCCAGCGCGCGGGUUUUCUGCUGGGCGAUGGCGCCGGCGUGGGCAAGGGACGCACCAUAGCCGCCAUUAUCUAUGAGAACUAUCUGCGUGGCCGCAAGCGUGCGGUGUGGAUCUCGGUGUCCAACGAUCUAAAGUUUGAUGCAGAGCGCGAUCUGCAGGACAUUGGCGCAGGCGAAUUUCUGCAGGUGUCGUCGAUGAGCAAGUUCAAGUACAGCAGGAUAAGCGGCGAGGAGAACGGACAUUUUCGCAAGGGCGUCAUCUUCUGCACGUAUACGGCGCUGAUUGGUGAGUCCGCCAAUGCCAAUCCCAAGUACAAUACGCGACUGCGGCAGCUCACCCAGUGGAUGGGGCCAGAGUUCGAUGGCCUCAUUGUGCUGGACGAAUGCCACAAGGCCAAGAAUCUGAGUCUCAUGAAUGCGGGCAAGUCCACCAAGACGGGCACCACUGUGCUGGAGCUGCAGCAGCUGUUGCCCAUGGCCAGGGUGGUGUACGCUUCAGCCACAGGCGCCUCGGAGCCACGCAACAUGGCUUAUAUGGUUAGGCUGGGGCUCUGGGGUCCUGGCACUAGCUACUCCGAGUUCUUCAAGUUCGUCAAUACGGUGGAGAAGCGCGGCAUUGGCGCCAUGGAAAUCGUGGCCAUGGACAUGAAGCUGCGCGGCUCGUACAUUGCGCGUCAGCUGAGCUUCAAGGAUGUCACUUUUCGCAUUGAGGAGGUGCCCAUGACGCGCGAGUUCCACAAGCUUUACAAUCACUCCGCCGAGCUGUGGGCGGACAUCAACGAGAAGUUCCUUAAGUCCUGCCGGCUCAUGUGCAUCGAGAAUCGCGUGCAGAAGAUUAUCACGUGCCAGUUCUGGUCGGCGCAUCAGCGCUUCUUCAAGAACCUCUGCAUCGCCUCCAAGGUGAGGCAUGUGGUGCGCAUGGUGCGCGCUGCCGCACGCGAGAGCAAAGCUGUGGUCAUCGGGCUGCAGUCCACGGGUGAGUCGCGCACGCUGGAGCAUCUGGAGCUGUAUCAGUGCGAGCUUAGCAGCUUUGUGUCCACUGCCAAGAUGAUUGUGCAGUCCUUUGUGGAGAAAUACUUUCCAGCGCCGACGCGCGAGGCGCUCUACAAGCUUCUGAACACGGGCACAUUCGAGGUGGACGCGCGUAGUCGCGCGCAUCCGAAGCGCGCGCGUUUGCUCUGCGAUUGGUCCGAUGAUGAGCUGGACUUUGAUGGCGGCGACAGCGACUUGGAGUUCGAUGCCGUCUGGAAUGAGGAUGAGGACAAGCUGGGACGCAAGCGCCGCGGACGACCGCCCAAGCCGGACAAGGUGGAGAAGACCACCAUGCAGGAGCGCAUUUUGCAACAUUUGUGCAACAAUCUGAGCUCACUGAAGAAUGAGCCGGAGCUGGCCUCGUCCAAUGCUGCGGCGGCGGCGUCGGCGGUUAAGAUUAGCGAGCGCGAUGUGGAGCGCUGCAUUGCGAUGCGCGAGAAGCUGCUGGAGCGCAUUGAGCAUCUGGGACGCCGCAUGCCACCCAAUACGCUGGACAAGAUUAUCUGCAAGCUGGGCGUCAACGUCGUUGCCGAGAUGACGGGACGUCGCGGUCGCGUCAUCAAAACGCCCGACGGCGUCUACAGCUACGAGCAGCGCUGCGAGGCGGACAUCAGCAUGGAUCUGGUGAACUACAAAGAGAAGCAGCGCUUCAUGGACGACACCAAGCAUGUGGCCAUCAUAUCUGAGGCAGCCUCCAGCGGCAUUUCGCUGCAGAGCGACAAGCGUCUGAAUGUGCAGCGGCGACGGCUGCACAUCACGCUGGAGCUGCCCUGGAGCGCCGAUCGCGCUAUCCAGCAAUUCGGACGCACUCAUCGCUCCAAUCAGGCCAAUGCGCCCGAGUAUGUGUUUCUCAUUUCGGAUCUGGGCGGCGAGAGUCGCUUUGCCGCCACCGUGGCCAAGCGGCUGGAGAGCUUGGGCGCACUCACCCAGGGCGACAGACGCGCCACCGAUGCGCGUGAUCUGUCCAGAUUCAACAUCGACAACAGCAUCGGACGCAGCGCCUUGGAGAGCGUGCUGCAGCAGAUCACAAGUGAGAAGCCCUUGGAGUCGCUGCAUGUGCCGGAGUACAAGGGCGACUUCUGCUUCGACUGCUGCGUGGCGCUGUCCGGCGUGGGCAUCUUGAGUGUCUCCAAGGACGCCAAGGGGCAGCAGAUCUUUGUCAUUGAGAAGGACAGCAGCAACAUACCCAAGUUUCUCAAUCGCAUCCUCGGCUGUCGCGUCGAAGUGCAAAAUGCGCUCUUCAAAUUCUUUCUCAACAAAAUGUAUUCGCUUAUCCUGCAAAUGAAGCGCGCAGGUCACUUUGAUCUGGGCAUCCUGGAUCUGGAUGCACAUGGCUCCACCGUGAGUGCCACUAAGCUCAUUCGCUUCAUACGCAAUCAUGCCACAGGCACUGCCGCAACGGAGCUGCAUACGCUUGAAGUGCUGCGUGGCAUGUCCUUUGAAAUGGCGCUGGCCAAAUACAAGCGAGAGGCACGCCAGAGCCACGAAGGCUUCUAUGUGUACAAGCAGGAGCGGAACAGCAACAAUUGCGCCAUACUCUGCCUCAAUGCGCAGCCGGACACGCCCGCCGACACUGAGGCGAGCAAGCUGAGCCUGAAGAUCUAUCGCCCCAAUACGGGGCCACAGGUGCGUCCCGAAUCGCUGAGUGCGAUUAACCAGCGAUUCGUGAAGGCCUCGCUGGAUGCAGUGCAGCAUUACUGGGACUUGCAGUACAGUCAAUGCGUAAACAGUUGCUCCCACAUCUACUGGAAUCGUCGCUGUCCGUUUGGCACCAAGUGCGGCGUCGGUUUGCGUGUGCGUCAGUAUCAUGUGCUCUCGGGUCUGAUGCUGCCCAUUUGGGAUCGCAUAGCUUUGAUAAUCGAGAAGGAUGGCAGAAAGAUUCAAAUGAUACGCGCUAAGACGGUGGACAAUAAGAAGAUUGUGGGUACAGUUGUGCCCGAUGGCAUCUAUCAGCAGCUGGUGGCCGAUCUGUCCUCCGAUUCGCGUGUUGAGUGCAACGACCUCCAGAUACUGCAAAAGUAAAUAUAUUAAUCGAUUUAUAGCUUUA